CCUCUCUUCGCAUCCAACGCACCCCCCACACUCACCUCUUCGCACCGACCGCUUCUCUCACCCCAUCACCCACAUCGGCCUUUCGUCACUUCGCACGUCUCUUCACGCUCUCUCUCACCCUUCCACGCUCUCUCGCCCGACGCUUUCUCUCUCGCCCACUCUCGCUCACGUCUCUCCCUCGCCCGCCUCUCUCACUCGCCCCUCACCCCAUCGCUCGUCCUCAAGCCAUGUUCGUCUCUCCCUCCUUCCUCCUCGGCCUUCUCUUCGCCGGCGCAGCCGUCGCCGCGCCCGCCAACGACGGCGCCGAGCUCGUGCCGCGUGCUCCCGGCGCCCUCUCCUGCCGCGCCAUCGCUUCCGGUCCCUGGACGCUGGAGCGCGAGCGCCAGCAGCGCCAAGGCCUGUGGGUCAGCCCGCAGAAGACGCAGUCGUUCCGCCUCAUCGGCGCCACCAACGGCGUGCGCGAGGGCCAGGACCUCACGUUCUAUGCGUGCGACUCGCAGUGGAUGGGCUUCAAGGAGGAGCAGAAGGAUGGAGAGCAGGUGCUCUAUGGCCAGCUGAGGACGCAGAAGGGCACCUGCGUGCACGCCAUUCCUGCGACGAAGAAGGCCAACGCGCUGCAGUUCGUCUCCAAGGCCUGCGCGGGGCGCGACGAUGCCUCGUCCGAGGGCAGCUGGUGGCGCAUGACGAAGAGCGAGUACAACGGCCUGUCGUACAAGAACAAGAACUACCGCCUGGCAUACGUGACCAAGGCGCAGCCGCAGCUCUCCUACGACCUCCUGCGCUCCGGGCUGCUCUACGCCACAAGCAAGACGCAGUUCAGCAGCGGCACCAUUCUGUACCGCGCCUUUGACGCCUAAGCCCUGUUGCGCUGCUUGCUCCUGGCCACGCGCUAGCCAAGCACACGUACGGAGGGUCCAUGCGCGGCAGGUCCGCGACUCUCCCAUCUGCGUC